AAAGGAACGAAGAAAAUUGAUAGAGAGAAUAAACGCGAUGCCACCACCAUCGCGUCUUCUCUAGGGUUUCGUCCAUACCUUUCUACUCUUCUUCCUCACUUUCCCCAUUUCUUCAUCAUAUUCAAAUUUCAAAUUUCAAAUUCAUAUUUCUUGUACGGUGCAGAAAUUCUUGUUUUUUCGACCUUCUGUUUGUUGUAACUCUUUAUCUUCUCUUCCCCCCUUGUAAGUUCAUCCCGAUCUACGGUUUUUUUUAGGCUAUCUGAAGUUUUGAUUUCUUUGCUCCAACGGAUUGAGAUUGAUUUGCUCUGACAUUGUUGCUUCUGUACCGGAUUUGUAUUUACUGGUUGCUGGUGUAAUUAAAAAAGUCGACUGGGGAUUGGUUGAGAAAUUAAGGGAAAGGAGGAGAAGGUGGUUAGUAGAGUUCACAAUCAAUCUACUUUAAGUGUUUGCAUGGCUGAUUGAAGUUUGUGUAAUAUUAGAGCUUGGGAACAAAAGAUAUUCAACAUUACUUAUCAAAUUCAGAGGUUGUGAUUUUGGUUUGGUAGUUCUGGGUUCCUUCAUCGUUUGGUUGACCAGUAUAAUUUUCCGGCCAGCUUGAACCUGAGCUCUUGAUGAGAGACGAUGUUGUCGAGAAUUGAUUCAAAGAAGAUUGGGAGUCGCUCUGGCAGUGAGAAGUUGUUGAAUGAGAUAGAGACCAUAAACAAAGCACUUUAUCUGAACAAACAUUUAUCUAAGAAUUCAAAUCCUUUGAAGCCAAAAAGCAGUAAUGAAGAUCCAACACGCAAGGAAAAGAAAUCUAUAUGGAGUUGGAAGUCUUUAAAGCCGUUCUCCCAUGUUCGAAACCGCAGGUUUAAUUGUUGUUUCUCUCUCCAAGUUCACUUGAUUGAGGGGUUACCUUCUGAUUUGGACGAUUUUAGUCUAAGUGUAUUCUGGAAGAGGCGGGAUGGUUUAUUGGUAACUAACCCUAAGAAGAUCAUAAGGGGCAAGGUAGAAUUUGAAGAGGUGUUGAACUGUACUUGUACAGUACAUGGUAGUGGAAAUGGACCUCAUCAUUCUGCAAAGUAUGAGGCCAAGCAUUUUUUACUCUAUGCUUCCUUAUAUGGUGCUUCAGAGGUUGAUUUGGGGAAGCAUCGGGUUGAUCUCACGAGGUUUCUUCCCCUAACAUUGGAGGAGUUAGAAGAAGAAAAAAGCUCUGGAAAGUGGGCUACUAGCUUUAAAUUAUCUGGUAGGGCUAAAGGUGCCACAAUGAAUGUUAGUUUUGGAUACACAGUAGUAGGUGAUAAUUUACCUGCCCUGGAUCAUAUCGGUGAUUCCUUAAAGGGGAAGCAGAAUAAGUAUGGUAUCGAGAAAUCCGAGAUGGUGGUUGGUGAAUCUGGUAGUAGAAGCAGAAUACGGAAUACUGAGAGUAUUCCUGGAAGGAUGAACUAUAAUUCUCUUGAAUCAUCCCAGACAGUAGAUGAUAUAAAGGAUCUUCAUGAAGUUCUGCCAGUACCUCAGUUAGAACUUGCCAAGUCGGUAGAUCUAUUAUACAAAAAAUUUGAUGAUGGUAAAUUGGAUGCUUCAGAGAACAGCAACCCUGAGCUCAAUGGAUGCAUUGAAGAUUCUCAUCCAAUGAAAUCUGAUUCUUACCUUUCUGCCCCUGAGAAAGAAAAUGCUGAUGUUGAUUGUGGAACUGAGUUCUCAUUCAUUGAACGAGGGAUUGAAAUGUCUUCUGAGGAACAGGUGGAGAAAAUUGAAGUAGGGGUUGAAGUGUCUUCUGAGGAACAGGUGGAGAAAAUUGAUGUAAAAGAUGUUGAUUCCUCUGCAGUUGGACAUUCUGCAAUUGACAAUGUAUCAUCGAUGGCUCAUGAAGAGGAUAGCAGGGUUGCUGCAUGUGAUAGUUCUUCCAAUGACGAUGAUAUUUAUACCAAAGAAUCCAUCCUGAAGGAAUUGGAGUCAGCUUUGAGUUGUGUGUGUGAACUGGAGACGGCAGCAAUGGAGUCUCCCGAGGAAGAGCAUUUGAACUUAAAAUUUAAGUCAAGUGAUGAACCAACUGGAGAGGGCAUGUCCCUUGAUUUAGAUGAUGAAUUUUUGGAAAGUAAAGGGAUCCCCCUUGAUUUAGAUGAUGAAUAUUUGGAAAGUGAUUUCUUACGUAUGUUGGGGCUUGAGCAAAGUCCAUUUGGUUUGUGUUCUGGAAGUGAGCCAGAGUCUCCAAGAGAGCAGCUAUUACGACAAUUUGAGGAAGAAGCUGUAGCAGGUGGUUAUUCUUUGUUCAAUUUUGAUGAUGAAGAUGAAAGUUAUCCAGCAUAUGAUUAUGAUUUUAAUGCAAGUUCUGAGUUUGGAGACAUAGCUGAUACAGCUUUUGAUAUGCCGUCGACUGUCAGUGAUAAUGAAGGCAGGUGCUUCAUAGAUGAUGAAGCAAUGAGGAGUAAAAUGAAGGCAAAGAUGUUGGAAGAUUUGGAGACAGAGUUUUUGAUGCACGAGUGGGGCUUGAAUGAGGAAGCCUUUCAACAGUCGCCAUCAAGCAGCUCUCAUGGGUUUGGAAGUCCAGUUGAUAUGCCUUCUGAAGACCCAUUUGAAUUGCCUCCUCUUGGAGAAGGACUGGGUUCAUUUAUCCAGACAAAGAAUGGAGGUUUUUUGCGAUCUAUGAAUCCUGCAAUUUUCCAGAAUGCUAAGAGCGGUGGGAACCUGAUUAUGCAGGUUUCUACCCCCGUGGUAGUACCUGCCGAAAUGGGUUCGUGUGUAAUGGAAAUACUACCCCGUCUGGCCUCAGUUGGAAUUGAGAAACUUUCUAUGCAAGCAAAUAAGUUAAUGCCUUUGGAAGAUAUAACUGGGAAAACAAUGCAACAGCUAGCGUGGGAAGCUAUUACUACUUUGGAGGGUUCUGAGAGUGAACCGGUGUUUGAGCAAGAUCCAUUUGAUAGACGAAAAACUUCCACGGGCAGAUCAUCUGGUUCUAGGCAUGAAACGUAUGGUAAAAACUGUAUGCGUGGUGAGCCUGAGACGGAAUAUGUAUCCUUAGAAGAUGUUGCUCCUCUAGCCUUGGACAAGAUUGAAGCUCUUUCAAUGGAAGGGCUGAGGAUACAGUCAGGAAUGUCUGAGGACGAGGCACCUUCUAACAUCAGUGCACAGUCUAUAGGAGAAUUUUCAGCUCUUCAGGGCAAGGGAAUUGACAUUAGUGGGUCGCUUGGACUGGAGGGAACUGCUGGAUUGCAAUUGUUGGAUGUAAAAGACAAUGGUGAUGAUGUUGAUGGAUUAAUGGGUCUUUCUCUCUCUCUUGAUGAAUGGUUGAGAUUGGAUUCUGGUGAACUUGAUGAUGAAGAAAUUAUCAGUGAACAUACUUCUAAAGUACUCGCUGCUCAUCAUGCUAAUUCCUUAGACUUCAUUCGUGGUGGCACAAAGGGAGACCGAAGGCGAGGAAAGAGUUCUAGCCGAAAGUGUGGUUUACUGGGUAACAACUUCACAGUGGCACUCAUGGUGCAACUUCGUGAUCCGCUGAGAAAUUAUGAACCAGUUGGUGCCCCAAUGCUUUCUCUUAUCCAAGUGGAGAGAGUGUUCAUCCCACCAAAACCCAAAAUAUACAACACAGUCUCGGAGAUACGAAACAACUAUUAUGAUGACGAUGACGAGAUCAUUGCAAGAGUAGAGAUAAAGGAAGAACCGGAGGAGAAAGCUUCUGAACAACAACAAAGCAUUCCUCAGUUCAGAAUCACAGAAGUUCAUCUCUCGGGUAUCAAAACUGAGCCCAAUAAGAAACUCUGGGGUACCUCAACAUCCAACCAACAGAAAUCUGGUUCACGAUGGUUGGUCGCCAACGGCAUGGGAAAGAGCAAGAAAAAUCCGUUUGUGAAGACAAAGGCUGCUCCAAAGUCAUCGGCUCCCGAACCAACGAAGGUGCAACCUCCUGGGAUAAAGACAAAGAUUCCUUGUGGAGCAUCUCAUCUGGGUCUAAAUGGAAAGCCUUUUCUGCAUUAAAUCCACUUGUAAGGAACCCAAAUGUUGUAUUCCCUAAUGAAAACUUCAGGUUAAGGUGAGUGGUGGAUGAAUUGCUUGCUAGCAA